AUGCUUGUGGGGGAGCAGUCGCCGGCACCGCGGGUGGUGGCCGGCUUGCGAAAACUACGACCUGAACUGACUCCAGGGCCUGUUAUAACGCCCGCUGACCCUAAUCUAAGAAUAUCAGGUGUCCUUCGUCAGUAUUACAAUGAGGACGUCCACUCGUGGUCGUGGGUCCGCGUGGCCGUCCGUGGCGGGUGUUUGCUCGCGUGGCGUGACGGCACAUUGCCGCGCCGAGCUGCUGCAAGCUUACCACUGCGGCACCUGCACCUUCGAGCUGCUGCAACACUCCCUAAUGCCUUCCAGCUGUCCAGAUUGCGUGAUGACUCAGCAGUUGCCACGUUUCAGGCUUGCAAUGCGACGGAAUACGCCCGCUGGGUACGCGCCCUCUGCGUCGAAAUACUUGGACAGACGCCGCUGCCGCAAGUUAGAUUUCUGGACGUACUGCCCGCAGCGGACACGAAUAAUAAGGAACCAAAGAAAAUAACACUACAGGAGACGAUGUGUCCUCCCAGACCUCCUCCUAGAGCUAGACGGAGAUUGCUAACCGCGUCAGAGACUCAGCUGUCUAGAAGGGACCACUCGCCCGCUGCAACCGACGAAGGCAUAGUCGUAGACCAUGACGACUGCGACUCUUCGUCCGACCGCAGCCUCGACCUGUCCUUAUCUCUGGACACGCUGAAGACCAUCGACGUGGUGGACGCUCCUAUAAGGAAAGCAGAGGUCGUUAAAUGUGACAAUUGCUGUAAACUAACCGCGAGCCCUCCACAGCAUCACACGUUACCCCGAGCGAGAACAUCAGACACUGAACUCGGACGACACAGGUACUUGAAACGCUGGGAGGGAACUACCGCUGGUGCUGAGAGAGGACGGUUCGUUAUAGAAGCAGCGAGAAGAAAGACUGCCGCCUUAGAGAACAGAGCUAGAUCAUGUUCACCGAAUGCUCAUGAAGUAUCACAGUACGUGCCCGUGCGUGAGAGGCGAGCGCUGUUCGAAUCAUUAUCACAGAGCGGUGGCAGCUUAGCUCGUAGUAGUGAACAGCUGGCUCGGCCGGUCAUGGAGACUCCAAGACGGGCGGCGUCCUUGCACGACCUACAAGCGCCACCUACACGUUCUGUUAGCGAUCUACGUCAGUUCUUCGAAGCUGUGGCUCGAGGAGUCGGAGCCUGCUCGGGGUUGUACAGCCCUAACCCCGUCCCGCGCUACACCUCGCUAGCCUGCGCAUGA